AUGACGACUUUUGCCAAAUCCUCCUUUGAUGCAGCAGGCUACCUCACCUCGCGACCAACCUACCCGGCCAAACUAUACGACGUCAUCCUCGCGUACCACCGCGGCGGGUCGACGACCCACGCGUUAGAUAUAGGCUGCGGACCGGGGUUCAUGGCGCGCGCCCUCUUCCCCCACUUCACCAAAGUGUCGGCCCAGGACCCGAGCGAGAAGAUGGUCUCAGUAGGCAUCCAGCCUGACUCUGGGCACAUUGAUUACUCGGUCGGCUCGGCAGAGGACAUGUCUUCGCUCCCCGCAAACUCGGUUGAUCUCGUGGUGGCCGGACAGGCCGCACACUGGUUCGACCAUUCCAAAGUGUGGCCCGAGUUGGCACGGGUGUUGCGGCCGAAAGGAACGGUGGCCUACGUCGGAUAUGGCGAGUUGGAGUUUACGACUCAUCCUCGCGCCACGGCCAUUUUUAGGGAAUUGAUGAGAGGCGAUUUGGGCGGGUAUUGGCCUCAGCCGGGACGGAGUAUCGUCGAAGGUCUUCUUGACCGCGUUCCGUUCCCCGUCAACCCCACCUUGAAUACCGAGACCGAUGCGCUUCUAAGUAAAGUGCCAGACUUGGAGAAGACUGGUAUCCCAAUUGCGGAUAGGAUCGACGAGCCUCCUCCUAUUGCAGGAGAGGGAUGGGACGCGGGUAGCGCGGUACGGAUCAAAUCGUCGACUGAGGGACGUCCACUGGUGACGCGACCUAUUGCGCACAACCUCGUCCAUAGCGAUUUCUCGCACACUCGCACUCUGCUCCCACCAUAA